AUGAGCACGAGCUCACACUCCGCCCAGAGGCUGUUUCGAAUAGGACUGCUUACGCUCCGUCUCCGCAGACACCAUAGCUGCCGCAGGCUAGAAGGCCCUGGCCGCACACUGGUCCACGCUCUCCCCCAUUUGCACCGUGCGCGUCAACACCAGCGCAUUCAACUUCCAGCUCGUCAAGAACUCUCAGACGCUCCACUCGUUUACACUCGCCUCAUCGAGCUUCAAUUUCGUGCCGACUGGUCAGAUGACGCUGCGAGGGAGCAACUCCUAGUAUCAUCUCGCAACGGCAUCGAACUACUGUUUGACGUGCGCAACUCGCAAACGGUCGCGGUCGAGAUCGAGGCGUUGGGAGCUCCCCUCGAGUUCAACAACAUCUUCACUGGUCGGACUGCAGCGCAGACGAACAAGCUGUGCAGUCUGUUCGAUCCCUAUAUCGGUCGAGACACCGGAUACGUGCAAGUAGUCCCGCUCCUCGGGACCCUUCCGCCGCUUCUCGGCGUCCCUGCGGCAAGCAGCCCUCUCGAAGGUUGGCACUUCCUGCCCGAGGACGGCAGCAAUCCACCGUACUAUCAGAGCCAGAAGUUUGAGGGAUUGCACGAGUGGCAGUUCCACAUGCUGCCAACGCACAGGACGAGUGGGCGGGCGUCAAGCCUCUGGAACGUGCCGACCUUGGCUGUGCUGCAGCCAAUAGACGUACGGGCUCAGCGCUCAGCGCUCAGGUUUCACAUGGCACCCUCCGUGCGCGCCAUCGACACGACGCUGCAGGCGAACGCGCGCCCUGUCGCGAUGGGCAUCCUCGGCUACGUCCUUCGCACGGGUUCGUAGACCAAGCUAUUCCUGAACUACCCCUCCGCGGUUGCGGGCAUGAGCGUCUCGCCUGCGGGUGCACUCACCUGGACAUCGAACGCGGAUGCGAAGACCUCCGGGUGGGUCGGAUACACGGUCACGCCGCACACGUGGGGCCGCUCCCGGCUGUCGGUGACCUAUGCCGAUGGGACGGUGCAGUACUACGUUACGCACAGCACAACGAGCGCGAUCUCGAACCUCGGCAGCUUCGUGCAGUGGUUCGAGAACACGACGGAUCCGUUCAAGCCGUCACCGUUGGUCAUCAGCUACGACCCACGAGCCUGCGAGCUUGUCUGUUCUCUAUGCGCCAGCCGCCUACACGAGCAUUGGCCUUCUGUUCCACACGCGCACCUUCAUCGCUUUCAGCUGUGCCGUCGCCACCCUCCUGAUCCCGUUCCUCAAGAUCUUUGUGUCCGGCCUAGUG